AUGCCUAAUGGUCCCUGGUAAACCCAAAUAUCUGCUCUCAACGCCGUUGGAAGCAGAGCAGAGCAAGAGGAGCGAGUGGCAGUGAUGGCGGCGUUGAGAGGGGGUAGGUCAUUAUCUGGUGUGCCACUUGGGUACCAGCACUUUCCCCAUUUAUCUGGUUCCUGCAGAUUCAAUCAAGAUCUAACUGAAGUUCAGCCCAGCUUGCUCCGAGCAAAAUCAUGGCCUCCAAACAGACUGUGCAUAUGAAUCAAGGACAAGGAGAAAUAAGCUAUGCUCGUAACUCAAGCUAUCAGAACGCUGAGCAGAACAGGAUGAAGCCUCUGAUAGAAGAGGCAAUCAUUGACUUAUGCAGCAACACCAACACCUUGUUGCACGGGAAGAUGGUGAUCGCGGACUUGGGCUGCUCCUCUGGUCCGAAUGCGCUAGCACUGGUAUCUACUGCCGUCAUGGCCAUCCAUUGCCGCUGCCUUCAUUUACAACAGCCACCACUGGAAGUGUGUGUGCUCCUCAACGACCUGCCUGAUAAUGACUUCAGCACAGUGGUGAAGAGCCUGGUCACACUCCGUCAAAGUAACGAGCCUGUCGUCGUGACCGGUAUCAUACCGCGGUCGUUUUACGAAAGGUUGUUCACUAGUGGCUCCUUGAAUCUCGUGUGCUCAUCCUGUAGCCUGCAUUGGCUCUCAAAGGUUCCUGAAGUUCUAAUAAGGGAUCACAUCCCGGCAUACGACAUCGAUGAGCAAGCUAGGCGUGAAAGGCUCCCCAUGGUCCAUGAGGCUUAUGCACACCAGUUCAAGACUGACUUCACACAUUUCCUUAAGCUGAGAGCUAAAGAAUUAGCUCCAAGUGGCCGAAUGAUUGUGUCUGUUAUUGGGAGGCCUUCUGAUGGAAGCACCUUCGAAUUCUUUCACAUAUGGGAAGUCAUAGCUCAAACUCUAAGUAUCAUGGUCUCAGAGGGUGUGAUUGAUAAAGAGAAGUUUGAUUCUUUCUACGUCCCGAUGUACGGACCUUCUAGUGAGGAGAUGAGGGCGAUCAUCCAAGAAGAGGGCUCGUUUUCAAUGAGGGAGAUGCAGGCACGGGGCCCUACAACUGUUACGGACGAUGCUCUCCUCACCCCAACCAUGUUCGUGAAUGGGAUGAGAGCCGUGUUUGAGCCGAUAAUUGUGCAGCAUUUUGGAGACGUGAUGGAUGAGUUCGCGAGGAUUGGGAAGCAGUAUUGGAGCCUGGAGGGAAACUUGGAGAACAUGCUUGCCAAGGACACGAUGGUGGCUGUAUCGCUCACCAAGGCAUGAGGGUCAAGUAACUGGCAGUAUCAUUCGCCACGGGAUACCAUGUUUAGUCUUUGAUGUGUUAGCCAACUCCCUGAAUUCUUCAAGUCUAGGCACAUCAAUGGAUAUUCUACUGCAAGCUUGUUUUCAUAUCUUUGUUUUGUAAAGAGUUUGAUGAUGUAAACAUAUGUAUUUUUUAAUCAAUUUUUGCUAUAUUGAAUA